CUCACACAAUUGAGCAAGAAGUGUUGAAAUAUGGAAGCUCUAUGGAUGACAAUAUCUUUAGCACUCAAUAAAAAUAUUUCUAACUCUCAAAAUAAUAUAUUUGAUGAGGAAGAUAGAAACAAGAAUUGAAUAUAUAUCAAUGUCGGUUUUGGAGUGCAAGAGAUGUGUACCUCCGGGAAAUUUAAGUCUAAAUCUCGGGCACCAGCGACGUCCUCCGAGGAACGCCUCUACUACGGCGAUGGGUCGUACCUCUGGUUCGAUACCGAGGAGGAGCGCACCUGUUUCCUCACUUUUUUCUCUAAACGGGUUGUGGCUCCCCCACGGAUCGUCCCGGAGCGCUUCCUGGAGUUCCAGGGCUACGACGAUCUAGACGCUAAGCUUCAUCAUGCCGGCCUUUGGCCGUUCGUCUCCCAGGCUCGGAAAGAGAUCAACCCGGCACUGAUCCGGGCCUUCUACUCCAACCUCCGGCGUGAGGGUGACGUGCUCUACUCUCUUGUCAAGAGCACAUCGAUAGAGCUUUCCGUUGAGCAGCUUGGGUGCAUCGUCGGCCUCCCCUACCAAGGCGACAACGUCUCCCACUAUGGCGGAGAGGACUGGGUGCUCAACAACGAGGGCCUUAUCCUCAACGAGCUUGGCAUCACCGAACUCAUCCGCCAUGCCUCGGGCCGCCCCACCAUCCACUCCGCGACCCCCGAGAGCCGGCUCCUUCUCUACAUCGUGUCUCGAAUCAUCAAGCCCUGGAAGCAUGGGCACACGAUCAUGUCCGGUGAGGACCUCAAGCUUCUCCAUGCGAUCAUGCACACGGCCCCGAUCAAUUGGGCAAAGUUUGUCAUGAUCAACAUGUCGGUCGUCGCGCCCACCGACCACGAUCACCUCCUCCCGUACCCGUUUGUGGUGAUGGAUAUCCUUGAACGGGUCAAGGUAACCACCAUUGUUGGCCCGCUCACAAAGGCCACAAAGCUUUGGACGAUCAGCACCCAAACCUUCACCAAGCGGUCGGACAACGCCGCCACUACCACUGCCGCGCCAUGGCGCCAUUCUACUGCUGGCCUAGCCGAACCCCAGGCCCGGGCCAACCUUGCCUCCAUCUCCGACUCCCUCAACCGGCUUCACUUCAAAGUUGACGGGAUGGAUGGCUACCUUGAGCGGCUCGACGAGGAUUUUCAACGCCAAGGGCAUGAAUUGAACGCGUACUUUCAACGCGUUAACUACGUCCCCCCACCGUACCAUGGCACGUUCUUUGGGCAAGUGUACGGUGACGAGGACGAAGACGAUGGCUCCUACGCCCCGUCAAGCUCCCCGGACAAGGUCGAGUUCGAUGACGCCGUUGACGGCGAUGAGAUGGACGUCGACGAUGAUGAGGAGGAAACCGAAGACGAAGACUAAGCCGCACCUAGAAUUUUGAUCUCUUCUUUUUUCAAUUGUCUUGUUUUUUAUUAUUGCUUCCGUUGUACUCCGCUAUUUCCCAAUUUAAUAAAUAAAAUCAUCUUUUAUCUUUUUGUUAAUGUCAAAAAGGGGAAGAAAAGGGUUAUGCAUAC